UUCACGUCAUGAUUUUCAACAAUCACAUAUAAGUUGGUAGUUGCAAGUUAUCAGUAUAGUUUUUAUAUUCAGUGGUUACACGAUAACGAAAAAAAUGGAACUUGAGAAUAUCAAGUUCGCCGUUACCUUGAUUUUGGGGUUAAUCGGGGUAGUUUAUGGAAAAGCGAUAGCAGAUCCUAAUUAUAACGGAUUAUCAGCUUCCCAGCAGACAUUAUUCAGAAGAAACCCGAAUCUUUUCCUUAAUAGUUUUGGAUAUGGAGGUGGAAGUGGAGGUCAACCCGGAGGUGGCGGCGGUAUGUCUUCGACAUCUUUGCAAUUCAGCGAUCCCAACUCUACUAAUGGUCAACAACUCAAUGUUCAAAGCCAAGCAGCAGGAGUUGGUGAUGGAAAUAAUGGUGGGGGAACGGCAACCACUGGUUUACAAUUCAGCAAUGGUAAUAACUACCCUAAUAGUGGCAAUCAAGGAUUAAGUGUUCAGAGCACUGCUUCUGGUGCUGGAGGUGGAGAUGGAAAUGGAAAUGGAGGUGGAGGAAUGUCUUCAACAUCUUUGAACUUCAAUAAUGGCGGCACUUGUGAUGGCUCUAACCCCAACAAUAGUGGAUUAAGUGUUCAAAGUACAGCGGUUGGAGCUGGAGGAGGAGAUGGAAACGGAAAUGGUGGCGGUGGUAUGUCAGCUACUGGUCUACAAUUCAACAGUGGCAAUAAUCCCGAUGGUACACAUGGACUCAACGUUCAAAGUACUGCUGUAGGAGCAGGAGGUGGUGAUGGAAAUGGAAAUGGUGGCGGAGGAAUGUCCUCAACAUCUUUACAAUUCAACAAUGGUGAUAACUGCGACGGUUCUAACCCAAGUAAUACUGGAUUAAGCGUUCAAAGUACCGCAGUUGGCGCAGGUUCAGGAAAUGAUAGUUUGGGAGCUUCUCAGACUAAUUUACAGACCACAAAUAAUGGACCUGUGAACCCAGGUCCGGUUACUGAUAAACCUGAAGAUCAGAAAGACUAUAUUGUACCGGAUGUUGAUCAUAAUAAUACUGUGGGAGCCUCACCCACUGCUGUAGACUCAAAAGAUAACGAUAGUAAUUUACAAGUGGAUAAUGCUGCAAUUGGUGCAACAAAUGGUGAUCAAUCUGUUGCAUUAGCUGACACCCAUGUCCAUGAAAGUGACAAAGAUAAAACUGUCGAUGUUAAUAAUACCGCUGUUGGUGCAGGUGAUAAUGCAGCUGCAUUGACCAAUACUUCUGUGCAAGAGAAAGAUGGCGAUGGCCAUGAAACCAAAGUAGACACCACAUCUGUAGGACAGGCAAGUGGAGAUGAUGCCAUAGCUGGUUCAAAAACCACUGUUCAAGUUGAUAAUAAGGAUACUCCUGCUGGUGCCCCUGUGCCAAUUGCACCAACUCCUGCUGGUGCCCCUGUGCCAAUAGCGCCAACUCAACAUGAUGAUACAGUACAAGUGCAAAAUUCUGGAGUUGGUGUAGCUGAUCAAAAUGGAGUGGUUGGUGUAAGUACCAAUUCUGUUCAUAUUGAUGACGAUAAAGAAGGAGAUAUCGAUCUUACAACUCUCGCUGGAGGAUCAGCCACUGAUCAUGGAGCCGAAGGUGUAUCUGGUGUCGGUGUACAGAUGGCUGAUGGUACUGACAAAACUUCCAACGAUGGUCUCAAAGUAACAGCAACUAAUACAGCAGUAGGAGAUUCCACACAAGGAGUUGGUGGAUCAGUAUCUACAGUUCAUGUAGAUGAUAAGAAAAAUGAGAGAUCUUUGGAAGCUCAAACUGUUGGUCUUGGUUACAAAGAUGAUACUACAGAAGGAACAUUGACCGCUGAUUCCAUGAAAUACCACGAUGUUGACCAAGAACAUCACCAAGAAAUUAAUCCAGAUAAUGGUAGCUUCUUCCAGUCUAGUAAACAUGAAGAGAAUGAUGUCCAGUCCCAAAAUCUAUCAUCACAAUUCAAAACUGUUGAUGAUAAUGGUUCCUCCACCACGACAACUCACACCACUCAAACCAAACAAACGCAAGUCACUCAACAACAAAGUUAUUACACGCAGCAGCAAAUCAUCAAUCAACCGGUGCAAGGUGAUGUUGUAUUGGGUCAACCAAAUCAAGUAGUGGACCAAGAUCAGAAUCUCUUGGUAUCUCAUCAAUCUCAAGGUGUCGUACAAAAUCAGCAAGUUGACCAAGAUCAAAACCUCUUGGUAGCUCAUCAAUCUCAAGAUGUCGUACAAAAUCAACAAGUUGACCAAGAUCAAAACCUCUUGGUAGCUCAUCAAUCUCAAGAUGUUGUACAAAAUCAACAAGUUGACCAAGAUCAAAACCUCUUGGUAGCUCAUCAAUCUCAAGGUGUCGUACAAAAUCAACAAGUCGACCAAGAUCAAAAUCUCUUGGUUGCUCAUCAAUCUCAAGGUGUCGUACAAAAUCAACAAGUCGACCAAGAUCAGAAUCUCUUGGUAUCUCAUCAAUCUCAGAACAUUGUUCAGAAUCAGCAAAUCAACCAGAGUGAAAGCCACGUGGUGUCUCAACAAUCCCAAAACGUCAUUCAAAACCAGCAAGUAGACCAAGAUCAAAACCUCUUGGUAUCUCAUCAAUCACAGAACGUUGACAGCACAGUACAACAUCAAUCUCAAAUGACAUCCACUCAACAACAGUCUCAAACUGUGGACCAAACUCAGAGUUAUUCUUUAGGUUCACACCAACCCAUCUCACCAAAACGACAUCAAGCAUCACCUUUGCUUUGUCCAGACAACAAUCAAGGUCCUGGCGUCGUGUGCCAUUAUGAAGUUGCUUCUAUUUUCGAAUACGAUAAUGAUUACGUCUUACGUCCGAGUCAAAUCGUUACUGAAUAUUGUGACGUUCUUAUAGUCAGCUACGCAGUCCUAGAUGUAAAUAGGUUCCAAAUUGGAGCUUUUUCGCCAGAUGAAGAACGUAUAUUUUCGGAAAUUGCUAGUUUGAAAAAUGAUAGGUUGAAAAUCAUCUUGCAAUUGCAAUAUGUGGCUUUUUACGAGCAAUACAUUACUAUUCUCAAUUGCGAAGACAAUCUGAAUAAGUUCACGUCGUCGGUUAUCAAUUAUUUGCAGAAAUGGAAUUUCGAUGGUAUUGAAUUACCUAUCAUGGUGCCUCAAUCCAAUGAUAAGUUCUACGAAACGUCCCCCAUCGUGAAAGAAAAAUUCCCAAUACUGGUUCAACAACUGAGAUCGAAUUUGAGAGACGACCAAGUCAUCAGCGUUUGCUUACCAAUUGAACCAGACUACAUCGAUUUCGCUUACGAUAUUCCCAAACUUCUAAAAUACGUCGACUGGUUUUCAAUAAUAACCCUGGAUUACAAUGUUCCGGAACAGGGAAUUUUGCAGCACACCAGUCCAUUGACCCAGCAAACCUCUAGCGAUCCAUAUUGCAUCGAUUUCACGGUGAAUUAUCUGUUGACCGAUUUAAACGUUCCUAGUGAUAAAUUGAUUAUCAAUUUACCUUUGUACGGAUCAUCAUUCGUACUUGAAGAUUACAAAAAUCCGAGAUAUGGUGCCAGAGUUAGUGGUAAAGGUCCUAAAGGUCCUUCCUCCAAUGUGGAUGGAUUUUUGACCAUUUCUGAGUUGUGUUCUUUGCCUCGAUUGAAUUGGUUGAAUAGUCCUGCUCUUGUCACUGAUUACGACGAUGUUCCUACUUUAAUUUUGAAGGUGACAUACGCGAGAUCCAAAUGUUUGGGAGGGGUUGGCAUACAUUCUAUAAGUAUGGAUGACCCUCAAGGACAACUUUGUGGUCGUGGAUGCAUGCCCUUCACUAGGGUGAUUUCAUUGACAUACGAUCCAUCUAGGGAUACAUUCGGAAAAGAUGAUAAUUUGGAAGUGAUAAAUUACAUCGAUAAACAUGCAACGAAUAAGUACGACGUUUAGUUCUUAUAACUUCAAUAGUAAUUUAUUUCAUUAAUAAAGAAUUUUCAAUGCUG